CCGAGUGAACAUAUUGGACCCAUCUUUCAUAUAUCCGCCUUCGAAUUUCUACCGUGAAUUGCUGCGUUUGAGUACAGUGCCACUUCAAGAUGUCCUCCGAAAGCUGGCCUCAGCAGCUUAAAGACUGGGUCGCAAAAUGUUUGGGGCAGAUGACGGAUGCUAACAGGGAGGAAGCACAGGCCGAACUAAGACAGGUAAUAUCUGAUGCGUUUGUUAACCGUACGCUGUGGACUACCGACUGGGAUGGUGUGCAACUGCAAAGUUUGACGCCGAAGACACUCAACCUCACUACGAAUGUCCUCAAGCGGAAACUUAAUGACCACAACACAGGCACACAUGAGAGAAAGAAGACAAAGAAAUCGCAAAUAACAAAAAGCGCUGCACCGAGUGCGUUAGACCUGAGCGACCAGGCCGCGCUAAACCGUAGAGCGGCUCGCUUCCAGCGUGAACAUGAGAUUGAACGGCAGAAGACUCUGUUUGGUGGUCAUGGCUCAUCUUCGCAGGUUUUCCGUGCCUCGUCAUCCUUUGAACCCUCUCGUUCAGGCACACCUGCGUAUUAUGGAGACGACCCAGAGGCUGAUCCGAAUGUGCCAAAUUGGGAUCGCUACACGAUUGUUGGCACAAACCAAGAGAUCUUCAAGGAUUACUUGCGGCUAACAACAGAACCAAGAUCCGAGCAGAUACGACCAUAUGAUGUCCUUCAGAAAACGCUGGCAGAGCUGAAGAAAAGAUGGCGAGAAAAAGCAAACUACAACUGGAUACGUUCCCAAUUCAAGAGCUUGCGACAGGACCUCACGGUUCAACGCAUCAAGAAUGACUUUACCGUGAUGGUAUACGAGAUUCAUGCGCGUAUGGCUCUCGAAGUCGGCGAUAUGGUCGAGUACAAUCAAUGCCAGGCAAUGCUUAAGAACCUGUACGAUCUUGGUAUCCAGGGCAAAGCAAAGGAAUUCACAGCGUACCGGAUUUUGAUGCUCAUCCAUGGCCGAAAUCGAAGCGAUUUAAAUCUCUAUGUAGGUCAGCUAACGCCACAGCAGAAAUCGAGUCCGUUCGUGCAACACGCGCUCGCCGUGCAGCGCGCGUUGUCUAUGGGGAACUAUCACGCUUUGUUCGACCUGUACCUGAACGCUCCGAAUAUGGGGGCAUACAUCAUGGACCACUUUAUUGACCGGGAGCGGGUGAAGGCUCUGAUCAUGAUGUCCAAGGCUUAUAUGUCUCUCCGGCUAUCCUUCAUCUCAACAGAGCUUGCGUUUGAUAGCGUUGGGCAAGCGAAGGAGUUUCUGGACCAGCACCGUGCGGGAACCUUCUUCAAGAACCCAAACAGUGCUGACGAGGAGAAGAUCUUGGAUUGCAAGGCCGCACACCAGACACUGGUCCAGAUAUUCGAAGAGAAAUACCGAAAAGUGCAGAUUAAGGGCGCAGUAUAGCUUUUCUCUCCUCGUCUCUCACGCCAUUUUGCCUCGCCUCCCUCUUGUCUUCUCCGACAACUCUCUUCCAGCAUCCUUUCCAUUCUCCGGCAAAUUGUCCGCAAGACACCUUCGUCCCACGCAUUCUGCUAGACGCCUUGCUGUUAAACAGGUACAGGUCCGUAGCUGGUGGCGGUGGUGGUGGUGGCAGGUGGAUGUCGGGGGUCGGUUAUUGUGUCACUAUGUACUUAUUGAUGCGCCGCGCUUGGAAUGCAGCUAACGUUCACAUUCGCACGGGAAUGCAAUAUGCAACCUGCCGUCGCAAGUAGAAACUAGUCGCGCAUGCGCGCGGGGAUAAAUCGACGGAAUACAACAUCACGGACGGUAUAGUGUGCUAGUGCGGCGGGUGAACACAGAAUCUGUGGGUCGACUCUUGAGCAGGAAGGGAUGGUGAUAUAGGCAAGGAUUAGAGUUUUCUGAACCUGGCUGUUAACUCGGUUGAUGGUGCUCAACCAUGUCCACGAAAAUGGAGCUGUAUUGUUUAGAUCGUAUGGCGACGUUUUCUGGUCUUCCGAGUCUUCGUAGACCGGCAGAACAACUACUGCAAACUCGGCAUGCGAAAACACAGGGCCUCGCUUGUACAAGAGGUAGUCUACGCAGAACUUGAUACCGCCUUUCACAGCCCAGCCGAGUGCACGAUAGUAGUGGUAUACCACGUAAUGCACGAGAAACGGAUUGUCGAAACGGUUCUCAUAAAUGGACGUGAGACUUUCUGGGAUGCAGGGCGGCCAGUAUACCCGCUGAAAUGCGGACCAAACGCGCUUCAGUUCGAGGGCUUUGUCUGUUAAAGGGUCUAUGACUGUCAGGCAGUCCAGGUUCCAGAGCAAGAAGAAAGCUUCUUGCAGGGUGAGCUGCAGGUGCUCGACAUCUUCCAGCAGUUCCUCUGCAGCUUCCUCGGGGUUAUCUGGUUCUAUCAGUAUAGCAGGUGCUGAGAUAUCCGUAGAAAAGGCUUGUCGGGGCUUCCAUGUAGCACCCGAGGGGAUAGCAAUGGCGACUGCUUCACGGCCCUCGACAAAGGCCUUCUCUGCUUCGGCCGCUGCCUCUGCCAUCGCUCUUGCGCGCUCUAGCUUGAACUGCUGCCGUUCCUGACGGCGUUUCUCGCGAAUCUCUUCUGAGGUUAAGUAUUUCCCCGCAGCCUUCCUCGCGUUCGCCUGCCGAGUGUACCACGACGGCUCGCUUCGUGAUAGGUCCCCCUUGCCGAAGAAGCCUCGCUGCCAUAGAAUCAUGGCAUCCUUGGGGUUUAGAAUCCAGACCGAAUGUGUCACAGAGUCUACUAUUCCUUCACAGUGAGGAUUCUCUACACGAACCC